AUGGAAAGGAUACGAUUGGGGUUUCCUUUAUUUAGUCGUGGUGCAAAAUGCUGGAGUCCGAGAGCGCACUACUCGUCGAAUUACCGCAAGCCGUUGGAUGCAUACGAAGAGCUCGUGCAAAAAGGCAGACUGAACGACGACCCACUUCAAAGAGCUGUUAUAGGUUCACUUAGUGACUUACACAAAUCUCUGGUUGACUACAAACCGCCAGUGGUGCGAGAGCCAAGUGCUUUGAGCCAGCUCGGAUGGAAAUCCACUUUUCUUGGCAGAAUGCUUUUCCGACCAAAGUACUCCACCGAAGGCAUUCCCAAGGGUAUCUAUCUGUACGGGGACGUGGGGUGCGGCAAAACGAUGCUUAUGGAUCUGUUUUAUUCAACGGUUCCGCCGCAUUUGACUAAGCGCAGAAUGCAUUUUCAUCAGUUCAUGCAGUACGUUCAUAAACGGUCCCAUGAUCUGGUGGAAGAGCUCAACUUGGACGCCCUAGGUGAAGCCAAACACAAGGAUAUCGACAGCAUCCCAUUCUUGGCAACGGAAAUAGCGCGCCAGUCCCGGGUAUUGUGUUUCGACGAAUUUCAAGUCACAGACGUCGCAGACGCUAUGAUGCUCAGACGACUAAUUACUGCUUUACUCUCAACGAAAUACGGAGUUGUUUUGUUUGCCACGAGCAACCGGCGGCCUGAUGACCUUUACAUCAACGGUAUCCAGCGUGAGUCUUUCAUACCAUGUAUUCAGCUUUUGAAGGACAGAACGCAUGUGGUGAAUUUGGACUCACAAACCGAUUACCGUAAAGUAAGCAGGCCGCUUUCGUCCGUUUAUUAUUACCCUUCGAAUGGUCUGAAGUAUUGGUCACAAGAGUGCGAAGCUGCCAGGAAACAACACGUAGAUCAGUGGUACAAUUUCUUCUCGCAAUUGGCAGACAACAAGGAACACCAACAAGACCCCAGGUCGUCCAACCCCACAAACCACGAGACCUACAAAGACUAUAAGCUGAAGGUGUGGGGUCGAGAGUUGAAUGUACCGAAGUGCACGUCCCAGAGAGUUGCACAGUUUACAUUUAAGGAGCUUUGUGGCAGGCCAUUGGCCGCCGGGGAUUACCUGGCACUUUCGACCGCAUUCAAAAGCUUUAUUAUCACCGACAUUCCGUACUUAUCGAUCCACGUACGAGACGAAGUACGAAGGUUCAUCACUUUUUUGGACGCUGUCUAUGACAACGGUGGUAAACUGGCCACCACUGCGGCUGGACCAUAUCAAGACCUGUUCGUGGAACCGGAAGCUAUUCUUAACGAUUAUCAGUUACGCGAAAAAGAUUGUACGAAGCAGGCCAAGGACUCGAAUAUUUUUACUCUAGAUGAAGAACGUUUUGCGUUCGCCAGAGCUUUGAGUAGACUGACCCAAAUGAGCUCUUUGGACUGGGUUGAGAAGUAA